UGAUGAAAUGAAAUGAAAAAGCAAAUGGCUGACUAGAAAUUGAUUCGACGUCUUCGACGUUCUCGAAUUUACAACAAAAUUAAUCCAAUUUAAUUGCAUGAAUUAUGCGCUAUUUAUGAUCAUGACUAGCAAAAUAAGAUUACAAAAGCUAUAAUAAAUCCAAAUAACUGUAUAUUACUUGCUUAUAUUCAGUCAAAGAUAUUAAAUAAGACAUACCUUAUCUAAGCGUUAUAGAAUUUUGCAAAUAAAAAUUACAGUGAUUGGGGUUUCGCACGUCCGUUUUUCUUAAGUUGUAAUGUGAAAAGGCGCAACAUCGUGAGGGGUCUCCGCCCUAUCUGAUCAUGGAACGGAGCUAUGAUAAGCGACAUAGCAAACAUCACAAGGAGAAGCACAAGAAGAGAGAUCACAAAAAAUACAGAAGGCACAGUGGUACUCAUGAACAAUCUUACGCUACAGUAAAUUCUAGUAAGCCCCUUGUUGAAUACUCUGAUGUUAGUUCAGAAGACCUAUCAGCCCCUGAGGCUGGAGAAAUAGAGAGUGAAGCUAGUUCAAUAGGCCGACACAUAGCUGAUGAUCUUGACCGUACAAGAAAAUCGCACCCAGUGCGUACAUUUCUUGACAACAAGACUAUAUCCGUCUCCACAACUUCAAGCCGCCGUGCUAUUGAAGAGUACCCUCUUACCCGUGAUUCUUCCUCAGCAGCAUCAAGGAGCAGAAGGAGCCUGGAGUAUGUGGAGGCGGAGCCAGACUUCAGUGACACCUGUUAUAAAAAAAAGAAAGAGAAGCGUAAGAAGGAGAAAAAGAAACGUAAGAAGAAGUCUAAACACCGGUCAAGGUCAGCCAGCCUGGAGAGUGUGUCGCAUGAUGAUGACGUACAUAUAGAGCCACGGCCGGUGAGCCCUAAAAGGUAUCAGCAAGUGCCUAUAAGUGAAUGGGAGAAGGCUUCAUCCCCACUUCAGAAUGGGUCGUGUUCACCCAUCUCUACGACCACCCCACCUAUGAGGAGCAGACAUGAUGACUCUCCGCAAAUGAGAAUUACAAUGCACAGAGAGAUGCCAAUCCAUAAUGUAAUUUACUCACCUCGCAGGGAACGAUCUCCUGUUGUUAGUAGAAGGAGACAGAAAUCUAUGACACCGCAUACACCAUCCAUUCCACCGUACCAUGAAACUGUCACCAUAGACUCGGACAAUGAACAAGUCUAUGAUAGAGUGAGGAGGGACUAUUGGAUGGACCAUAGAGCACAAUCACCGAUUAUGGUUAUUUCAGAUUCUCCCACUCAUGAGCCUCGGAUGCGAGAGUACAGUCCUCGCCGCAGCCACCGCCGCAAGAGUCCCCGCCGUCGGCACAGGAGCAGGGAAAGGGAGAGACAUCGGGAAGCUCGCGCUCAUCAUAGGUCUACUCUUGUCCCGCCUGACGCAAUGAAUAGCGAAUGUGCAGUCAAAUCACACAGCCGCAGUUCAAUGAAGCGGCGUCGCUCCGUGUCUCGCAGUCGGCGGCGUUCCUCCUCGCCGCCACGACAUCGCCCACGGCACAGCGAGACGACCAAAGAAAGACAUAGAGUGAAACAUGAAUCGCCAAGUCCACCAUCAGCAUUACAAAGGAGAAUUGAUUUAAAAGAGAAGAUUAGCGAUACAAGCUUGUUCGCGGAACUCGUUAAAGAUAAACAUAAAAGAGCAAAGAAACUACAAGAGAUAUUAAGUCAAAAGGAGGAGGAAUCUCAAGGGGCGAUUUCUUCAAAUAAUUCUUUAAAUAACCCAGAAGUUAUGACCAUUGAUGAACUCUCCAAUGCGACUGCGGAUAGUUCGACACAGGUAUCAAAAGAGGAGGGUGAGAGAGAGCCGACGACGGAGGUGGUGGAUAUCCCCAUGCCCACGCCCACUGGCAGCGAGGACAACCCCACACCGACACCCACGGCUACCGCAACCCGCUGCAGCCGCCGCCGGAGUUUGAUACCUUCGAGAACAAGACCACCGCUAACGGAGAGACAACGGAUAGUGUUGAAUCUGAUCAAAAAACGCAAACGCCCCCGUCUUCGAGUGCUCCAGGCAGUACGACCAGCAGUUCGACGGGUAGUAUGCCCCCAGUGUCGGGCACCGCUGGCCUGCCGCCACUGCCCAAGGUGGGGGGCAGUGUGGUAUGGCGUCUACCUCCAGAACUGCCAGCCCGCACCCCCCAAGCCUCGGAGCCUCACCAAGCUGCCCAUGCCCCCCAAUACACAGGUGGAAGAUCUGAAGACGUUAGCUAACGAAAGCCCCUUAAGUACACCCUCACCCAGCCCUAUAAAGAAACCAGACAAACCAAAGAGAACCGGCAUCAUGAAUCUACCAAUGCCACCAUUGGUGCCGGAUUCAGAGGAGCUGAGCGCGGAGGAGCUGGACGGCUCCACGCCGCCGCCCGCCUCGCGCCGCGACCAGUACUCGCAUGUGUUCAGUGCGCGCAACAAACGGGACCCUAAUUCUGGUUCGAAGUUAAAAAGGCCAAGAAUAUUGAAGAGACGAGGGUCCAAAGUGGUGCCGGUGGCCACGCCGACGUAUCAUGCCAAAGAUUGGGGAGAGAAGUGUGUUGAUGGCUUCCAGGUAAUAACUCAAAUAGGUGAAGGGACAUACGGUCAAGUAUACAAAGCUCGGGACAAGAACACAGGUCAGCUGGUGGCACUGAAGAAGGUGCGUCUGGAGAAUGAGAAAGAAGGCUUUCCUAUCACCGCGGUGCGGGAGAUCAAGAUCCUCAGGCAGUUGAACCAUAAGAAUAUUGUCAAUUUAAGAGAAAUUGUCACUGAUAAACAGGAUGCUAUGGACUUUAGGAAAGACAAAGGUUCAUUCUACUUAGUGUUUGAGUACAUGGACCAUGACCUGAUGGGUCUGCUGGAGUCGAAGAUGGUGGACUUCACGGAGAGUCACAACGCGUCCAUAAUGCGCCAGUUGCUGGACGGUCUGGCUUACUGUCAUCGCAAGAACUUCCUCCACAGGGACAUCAAGUGUAGCAACAUAUUGAUGAACAACAAAGGCGAGGUUAAGCUGGGAGACUUCGGUCUGGCGCGGCUGUGGUCGGCGGAGGAUAAGCAGCGGCCCUACACCAACAAAGUGAUAACGCUCUGGUACCGGCCGCCGGAGCUGCUGCUGGGCGAGGAGCGCUACGGACCCGCGGUCGACGUCUGGUCAAUGGGCUGCAUACUCGGAGAGCUCUUCCAAAAACAUCCAUUGUUCCAGGCUAGUGUAGAAAUGAUGCAGCUGGAGAUGAUAUCCCGCGUAUGCGGUACUCCAGUGCCCGGAGUGUGGCCCAACGUGGUGAACCUACCGCUGUGGCAUACGCUCCGACCUAAAAGGUUUCACAAGCGCUGUGUGCGGGACCAGUUCGCUUUCAUGCCAGCACCAGCGUUAAAUCUGCUAGAUCGUAUGCUGGAGUUGGACCCAGAGAAGAGGAUCACAGCAGAGGAAGCACUCAAGAGUCCAUGGUUGAAGAAUGUUGUGCCUGAACAAAUGCCUGCUCCGGAGUUACCGACAUGGCAAGAUUGUCACGAGCUGUGGUCGAAGCAACGGAGGCGACAGCAAAGGGAACAAGACCAGACUAAACCAAAGUCCUACGGGUUCGCGUCUAACGAUAGCGAUAAAGACCCUAAUUUCAAACAGAAUGAUAACUCAAACCAAUCGGAUUCUGGCUUCAGAAGUGAAUCAUAUAAAAUGGAAAGUGGCUUCAAGACGGAGUCGGGACAAGAAACUGUGGGACAAGUUAAAUAGUAUAUGGAGUAUUUCUACGGUUAUUAUGGAUAACCGUAGAAUUGUGCCUUGUGCUUGUGCUAUGUGAUAUUGACACAGUGAUGUGAAACAUGUAGUGAUACAGUGUGAACACUCUGAAAACAUUGAACUUUUCCAUUCCUACGAUUAUUGCUAUGCUUGAAGCCAGUUCAAGACAUCGGCAACUGAAUACAAGUCAAGGAGGUAAUGAAGAUGUGAGAAUAAUAAGUAAAUUAUAGUCCUUAUUGUUAUUAUUUAUCAAUUUAUACUCUGUGGUAGGAAAUAUAUCACAAUUUGUACAUCACAGAUUAUAUUUUGAAAUUAACAGACACAAGUGAUAGUCAGUCUCAACAUCUAUUGUCCAUGGAAUUCUAGUUAAGAUUUAUAAAAUAAUUAAAAAAGCUUGUUAUAUAUCAACAAUGGCAAUCAUAAAAAAAAUGCUAUGACAACUUCUUCCUAUCUUUUCAAUAAAUAGGUAUUUUUAUUUAAUGCUCAUAAUUCUGAAUAUUAUUAAUUGACAUAGGUUUCCACAUAUGUUUCAUAUAAAGUAAAACAAAUAAAAUUCUAGAGGUUUAAUUGAUUUUUUUAAAGUAUUGAAAUAUAGAAAUACAACAUGGUUUUAUUUUUACAACAUUUAUUAUUAAGACAAGUAUAUUAUGCCUUUAUAAACAAAAAUUCCCCUUUAGAGCACUUUCAACCUAUCCUUUACUAUGUCAUUUACAUAAUAAACUUAGCAUCGUAAAUACAAAGAAGUGCUAAAUAAAUUUGAAUAAUUAUACUUGGGAAAAGUACCAACAAAUAUAGUAAUUUUAACUCUACCUGAAUCAACAAAAAGAUCAAGGAAGCUGAAGCUGGACCACCAAGAAUGUCUCAUGCUUUCUCUAAUUAAAUGUAUAACCACAUCUGUGUGUUUUAUUUAAUAAAAAUAACAUUUUAUGCUAGAUUUUAUCAUAUGACCAAAUCUAGGAGGAAAUUAUUGCAAUUACAGACUUUAAAUUCAUUAAAAACACUUUCCAAAAAAAUAACUUAAAUGAGAAACAAAGUUUUAUGAUAGUCUUAUGUAAAUGUAAUUAUUAAAUGUUCAUUCUUAUCUCAAUGGCUGCUAAGUACAGUCAGCUACAUAAAUAUGUAUAAAUUUUCAAAGCUUUUAUAACCUUCAAAAAAAGUGUAUGAACUCUGUUCAUAUACUUCACACAUUGGAUACAUGUUUUUGAACAAUACAUGGUUAUAUAUUUUGGAAACUGCAGAAUACAAGUUUUGUAAAUGUAUAUAUUUAUGCAGCUGAUUGUACACAUCACAGUAAAUAAACUCAAAUUAAUCCUUCUUUCAAUUUAAUUCUUGUUUGUUUUUGUUUUAAUUUUGCUGUUAAAAAGAUUAAUUUUUAAUAGUGAUUACUAGAGUUUAAAAAAUAUUUUAUUUGACUCAGAAUGUGGAACUAUCUUUAUCCAAAAUCAUUGGUGUUUCUAAGGAUUAAGAUCAGGUGAAAUAAAUGCAUAACAUGCAUUAAAAAAGAAUUAUGUAAUAUUGAAUUUUACGAAUUUCACCACUUUUUAUAUAUAAAAAAGCUUCACCUAUGUAAAUCCCAUCCUCUUUGUCUGAUGAUUGUUGUAGGAAAGAAAAGGAUAGUGUUAAUUACGUGUAAGGCGACAUCGGGGAAGACGAGGUGCAAGGGCGCGCGGGGCAGCGGACACCAAUCGGCAUCGAUGCGCUCGCGAUGUCAUUCAGCGAAAUUUCGCUUGCACCUCGUCUUCCCCGAUGUCGCCUUACACGUCAUUAACAGAUAGACUAUAAAGAGAAAACUGUUCACUCAGUCUGUCAUAUCUUAGAUUAGAAAUUGAACCAUUCCAAAUUAGUUUGCAUAAUGGAAUUAAUUAUUAUAUGUAUGGUAAAGUUAAAAUUCAGUAUAAAAUGUACAGAAUGACUGUAUGUUCACAUGUAGAUAGUUAAGUACAGGAAAUAAACAUGUAUUCAAAGAUAUUUUUAAUAUAAAUGUGUUGUUUGCUAAUGAUUGCCAAGUUCAAAUUUUAGAGGAGACUUUGUGGCCUUUAUGUAUUAUAAAAUGUACUCAAAGGGUAGUUCUAACUCUGUAUAACUUAGUUUUUAAUUGUUAUGGCAAUAAACUUUUGAGUUCAGGUUUUUAUGAGUUUGUACAUAUUAAGGGUUUGGUUGUAAUUUUAGUUUAUUGGUUAUCUUUGUAAUAUAGAUUUGUAGGUUUACGCUUUAGUGGGAUGAAGAUACCUUGUUGAAAAUUAUUUAUUUAUAUAAAUUAUAUGUGUCAUGUAUAAGCAAAAUCAGCAUUGUUCCUAGUAUAUCAUAGUCACAAAAUGUUAUUUUUUAAAUUAGUGGAAUAAUUUUUUUUAGAUGAUAUCAAAAUCUAGAUUGAAGGUAAUUAAGGAUGUAUAAUACAGUAGAACCUCGAUAAUUCAAACCUUGGUAACUUAAAAACCUCUAUAACUUAAAAAAAAUAUGUUCGUUU